AUGGCGGUGGGUCCUAUCGGAUCACGUGUCAUGACAGUUGGUAUACCGAGAUACGAUGCUUUGCAAGCGCGCGUUGGGUUUUGGUGGUGGACAGGGCUGUCCGUCCGUGUUGGGUCAAAAGCAGUAAUCCUCAAUCGGAAACGAGGACCGGAUGUUAAACGGGCUGCGGAAAGUGGAGCUAGACGGAAUAUCAUGUGGCCACCCCCUAAGCCCCAGCUUGUCCCUCGCAAGCCCCGCAACAAAGGUCGCUACAAUCCCAAAGAAAGAGCGAGCAAGUGAUCGAUUUGUCGAGAGAGGAAUAACAAACACUCACUCUGGAUUUCUCUUGCGUGCAGGAGGGAAGUCGAAGAAGAAGGCCAAGAUCACCCUUCCCCCUUCCUCCGAUCCCAUCCGUUCUACCACUCCUCCUCCUCCGCCGCCGCCCCCUCCCCCUCCCCCUCCCUUGCUGUUUCACACAUAUCCCUCGCCUUCCUCGACUUCUUCCACCCCUCUUCCUGCCCCCUCGAUGCCCAGGAGGCACUUCCUCCGUCGUAUCAUGCCGCUCCUCCUCAUGGGCUCGGGAGCUUAUGCACUAAUGAGGAACUCAAGGAAAGAAUCAGCUGCGAAGGAUGAAAAGCUGGGCUAGAGGUUUCUUUUGUUCCAGUUGAGUGUUCCGGUUGAGAGUCCAGAUGCUACAGUUCCUGAGUAGACUUCCAUCAUUUCUUCACCCAUAAAGUUUCUUCUUUCAUCUUAUGGUAACCAGUAUGUGCUCUUCGUAUGAUUUUAAGAAAAGGAAAGGAUAAUCAAGCCCGAUAGCCUUUUAAAGAAAACAUAAUAUAGAUAGGCGAUAUUUAUCCAAAGAUUGUGAGUGAGAAACUGAACUUAUAGAGAUUUUCUAUUAUUCUAUUCUUGGGUUCAAUAUGAAUGCAGUUUAUAUUAACAGAACUUGUACAUGCCUGGCAGAUAAAUGCAGUGCCAGCAAAUGCCUUUUUGGAUUGAAUUCUGAAGAUCUGCCAUUUUGGAUACAUUUGCAGAAUUCUGUGUUUUUCUUUCCGGAUAGGCAUGAUGAAUAGCUUUAGUCCAGACUCUUUUUUGAAUAAUUAGCAGUUGUAUGCAUAUUAUAACUGCACCAAUGGAAUGACAUGUAAUAUCCAACUAACAAGGUUAGUUGGCCAUUGUUUGAAAAUUUUGAAGCAGACAAACUGAAAGAAUGUGAUUCCAAAGAUUAUUUGUGAAGCCAAAUUUUAGACAAUACCCUAUUUGGUUAAAAGCUGAUAGUUUGCCUUUUUGAACCAAUGUUGCUAGUAUGGAAACAGUUUUGUGCAUUGGUUAUUCUAAUGUAACUUUGAGCCUGAUAUAAACUGAGCUAAAUACCCUUGACCAAGUUCUUUUCUUUCUCUCAACUAGCAUUCGCUAGUUAAAUCAGUGGUGCAUUCUUGUACAAAGCGACUUCAGUGAAGUGCCUGCAAAAAAAUCUAGAAGGCCAGUUGGUAGGUAAACUUUUUUUAUCUUAUUGGUCAUGUUAUUUACGCUUAUGCAAGUAAAUACUUUGUCUGGACCUGAGAAAAGUAUAGGUAGAAGGAAGAUAUUUAGGAAUGAAUAUGGGCAACUAUGGUUAUCUCUUGCAGAAGCAAAGCAACCAAAGAGUCAAAUUGAGGCUAAAUGCAUCAAUGGCAGUUGAAGGGAUGAAAAGAAUGAGGUUCAGUCCUUGUUCUUCACUGGUGCUCAAUCAAUUGAAUGGAAGUGCCUUGCUUUCACCAGACAUCUUUUGAAGUUUAUUUAAAUUGGAGAUUGUUGGCUUGAUCUAGAGAAUUCCUUUUAGACUUGCGCCAUGGGAUGCAUCACGGCCUCUAGAACUACCACUAAACACAUUUUGGUUCAGGACUAUGUAUACUGAUUUGUUUUUUUGUAUUACUGUAGUUAAUCUUACAUGCACAUGAGCUAAGAAUAUGGAAUAUUUCCUGAAACCAAUGCGCAUGAAAUUGUUUCAUUUUUC